AUGGCGCACCCAUUUGACGACCUUCACGACCUCGCCGGCUCCUUAAAUCCUUUACCAUCGCCGUCCAAUACUCAGUCAGCAUCGACCACACCAAACCCAACCCCAACUCAGAAAGACUACACGCAGCAACAACUUCCGCAGUCGAAUGAAUCGUCUCGUGCCGCCCAACAUCUGCCGCCAGCCGCCCGCGCCACUGAUGAUGCAUCGGCAGAAACGAGGGAGCGUGAACUGGAAAAGAGCAUCGACAAAUUUGCCACCCUCUUUUCCCCAUCUACCCCUCGCGCAUCACCUGUGCUAGGGCCAACAUCACUAUCCUCCGCCCCGGACGCGCUCAAUUUAAAUCCAUCAGUGUCAUCCCAAACCCCCUUGUUUGACCACCACAUGCACGCCAAAUCGCACACCAGACCACUCCUCGGUCGGCAUUCGCGCCCUUCAAGCAUUGUCAGUGUUGGGAGCACGAGCUCUCAGUCGGAAUUUGGGUCUUUCGUGGAAGUAUCUGCUUUGGAUGACCCGUUGUCUUCGGUCAUCUCAGAUUUCGACGUAGCCGGACUGCCCGAACCGCUCGAACCAACACCACCGAGUGGAGCUGAAGUAGCUACUUCGUUGUCCGAUAACACAAGCAGGCCAGCGUCGAGCGAAGUCGAUGGUACCCUUGAGCCACCACAACGCUAUCUGUCAUCAUCAGCAUCCUCCUCGCAGUCCGCCUCAAACCAUGCUUCGUCUUCUGUCUCUUCUUUGAACGCAAAAUCGACAGGAAAGGUUUACUCACCAGGACAGUCGAACCCGAGCCUUUCCUUCUUCGACAAUUUCACCCAAGAUGCCCGUCAACGAUCCUCAGCGGCUAGGAGCAACCUGCUCGACGAGUUGCUCAUGCACGAGGAUGAUCCAAUGUGGUUCAUCGUGAAUUCGGAGGAAGAGAAGGAGGAGGAAGAGGGAGGCAAGACUCUUCGGGCGACUCCUGCACUCCCUUCUCCGCCGCCUCCGCCUCCACCUCCAAAGGAUCCUUCCCUUUUCCAACGUACCUUACACUCAAACCUCACUUCCCGAUCUGCCACCCCUGGAACCACGCCAUCCCAAACUCCACCACCGUCGGAAGCUCAGUUGAAUCAACGUACCUCACGCCCAGACAUACCUGUACGUUGCGCUACUCCUAACGUCCCGAUGACGCCUGGAACUCCCGUCUUCCACACCGACUAUUUUGACGCGCACAACGACCUUGACCACGACUAUUUCAAGUCUGUCCAACCGAUUACUCCGGAUCCCACGACACGGAAACAUUCGCGAUACGCGUCGUCGCCCGCGUCGGCAUCUGGUAUUUUCCAUCCGACGCGUGCGAAUUCGAUGACGGUGCCCGCACCUACCUUAGCCCCGCCGGUCUCGUCUCAACUUACAGCAUCGCCUCCGACUGGAAGAGAUCAAGAUGAUGAAGAGCAGGAACCCCGUCGUCCAAGUUUGUCAGACUCCGGACGAUCGCCAUCAUAUCAAACCCUUUCGAGUCUGCCCUCCAAAUGGAUGUCAUCUCUGCUCAAGAGUAGUAGUCCAGGACCACAGCAAACCCAACACCAGAGCGGUGGCGCACGACCUUCUCUGGAGUCGAUCUUCAACCAAGGUAGCUUGGAUGCCUCUGAUGGCCGUCUGCAUCACAAGGCCUCGAGUUCCAGUUUAUCGAAUCGGAAUCAGUCCUUGCCGCUGCCGCAGCAACCGCCGGAUACUCAGCCUCAUCUUCCAACGCAUUCUCACACGUUGCCAGUGCCGUCAUCGUUGAAUCUUCAACCAACACCUACCUUUACCCACAACAGUCCAUUCGCGCCUUCGCCGAUCAUUCAUUCAGCGUCGCCAUUUGCACCCCACGUCUAUAUUCCACCCACUGGGGCACCUGGGUUUAAAGGAGAAGGCUACGAUUGGGACAAGGGCUACUCAGACGAGCUCGAGGUCGAGCGAGUACAGGAACAAGUGCGCGAGAGAUCAAGAUCCAGAUCACGGAUGGCUGAACGGACGAGAGAGGCGGAGCGGGAAGUUGAAGGGACACGGACAAAGUAUCAGCUCCCUGAGCGAGGGAUCAACAGCGCAGGAAUUGGUAGCUGGGUAGCGGACAACCGCGGAGGAUGGGGUAGUGGUUUGGGCUUUCCUUUUGGUUCUGGUAGGAGCAAGAGCAAGUCCCGUGCAAGUCCGAGUCCCUCGAGUUCAGUAUCUGGAUUAGGUGCCGGGCUGACCGGUCCUGACAGAGCUGGUUCCAGGUCGCCUUCAGUGAACUCGCAUGAACGCGACUAUAGCACUGGAUGUGGCUCUGCCAGGAACACGGAGGACACGAAAGCGACCGGAAACCUCGAUUGGCAGGCUCGAGGACAAAACACAAGACACGACCGAAAAGCAACGUCUAGCCCAGGCCCGGCGGGAAAUGGCAGUGGGAUUGGCGACUUCAUCGAGCGGAAGGCAGGAAACGUGGAGUUGACUGGGAGGAAAGAGAUGACUACUCCAGUGUUGACCGCGGAGCUAGCUGGAUUGCUUCGACCUCACUUACCUGCUCUAUCGCGCCUUCCGCGCUCCUGGACCCUCAUCUACUCGCUCGACCAACAUGGCAUCUCGUUGAACACACUUUACACGCGCUGUGACACGCACCUUUCGCGUCGGCCUGCUCCAGGCGAAGUUGCUGGGGUUGGAAAAGGAAUGCUGGUCGUGAUGAAGGAUUCUGGGGUGGACGAAGAAGCGCAUGGGUCGAUAUUUGGAGCGUGGAUCGCGGAGGGGAUUCGAUUGAACAAAGGCAGGGGGUAUUCGGGUGGAGGCGAGUCAUUCCUGUGGAAGUACGCCGAUGGCGCCCUCAAGGUGUUCAAGACGACCGGAAAGAACAGCUAUGUCGCGCUUUGCGAACCGGACUACCUCUCGUUCGGUGGCGGAGAUGGCCACUAUGGGCUCUACCUGGACGACACUCUGCUCGACGGAUCCUCAGCGUCGUGUCCUACCUUCGACAACGAACCUCUCUGCUCGUACCCAACACGAAGUGCAGGCGCCAAGAAGACGGUGAAUUUCGAAUGCGUGGGUUUGGAGGUGUGGGCUAUGGGGUCAUAG